CCAGACUCCCCUCCCCCCUGCCACCCACAGACAGGUGGCUAGGGCCGAGCAUCCCGUCAGCCUCGAAGCCUCAGCGUCCCAGAUCGAAGGCGCCCAGCUUCAGUAGUGGUUGUGACGUCGAGGUGGAAGGAUACGCGCCGCUCGCUGUCGCCGUCGUCCUUCUCUCUCUUUCUCUCUCCCUCUCUCUCACACACUGUCGUCCAUCGUCACGAAUACAGAGGCUACAUCUUCUAUCUCUCUUUCCCUCCCUUCUCUCUCUCUCCGUCUCUCUCUUUUUCUCUCGCUCUCUCCCUCUCUUUCUCUUCUUCCUCGGCGAGUGUGCCUGACGAUGUGUUUGUCUUGGAGCCAAGGUCUUUUCUCUCCCUCUUCUGUGGCCGUGGAGAAAGGACGAGGAUAAAAAGAGGGGAGAGAGAAAGGGCCAGCGAGGGAAUGUUUGCCACAGAGCAAGAGGUGAUGAAAAUUCGAUGAAGAAGUAGGAGGACGUGGAAGAGCGGUGAAAGAAAGAAACAAGAAGAGGUAAAGAGAAACAAGAGUGACUGAAUUGUCGGAAACACGAUGAGCUGUUCAUGCGUCAGCUGUCUCUCCGCCAUGUUGAAUUUUCUUUUUUCAAAGAUAUUUUCUAGAAAGAUUUUGCUAUAAACUUUUUGGGGUUGCAUGGAGCGGCCUCGUCAGAAGACUGCAUGUUUAACCUGACCAGUUUUGCCGGAGUUCAGAAAGAUUUAUAAAGGCUAGGGAAUUCGCUGGCCUGAAAAUAGCGUUUGAAAGUGGACGAACAGAAUUCUCGCCAUAUUUUGUUUGCUUCCUUUCGUUUUGUGAGAUUUUGAGUAUGCGCGGUAAAGAUUUGUGAUAAUUUCACAUGCAGAGAGGGAGGUGCUUGUAAAUUUGAAAUAUAUUUGUUGUAAUUCAGAAAGAGAAGGGGAAAAGAUACCAUCUGUAGUAGAAAAGCUACAUCAAAAAGUUGAGAGGCAAAGAAGCAGGCAACAAUAACAAGUAAUUUCUCUAUAGAUCAAGGGAAAAAAUCCCACACUGAAAAUUGCCAAUUCAGGAAAAUGCAAGGCGACCGAGUGAGUGGGCGCGUAGCCACUUGGGUUUCGGGCGUGGUGGGUGUGUGGGCCGGACUGGCCGCCCUCGGAGUCAUUGUGGCCGCCCUCAUUUCGCCCAACUGGGCGCUCCUGAGAGAGCCCAUCGUGCUCACCGAGGCGCCCCGGAGGCUAGGUCUCUACAGCGCCAACGACCCGUGGGCGCUGGACGACCACAAUGGAGAAGGAGGCGCCCCUGCCGUGUCCCAGCCCACCAUCGUCACCACCGUCACCUUCCGCGUGGGCCUGUGGGCGGCCUGCCCCUACAUCAACAACUCGCACAGCCACACGCCUGUGGUGUCGCCUCCAUGCACGGUGCUGGCCUACACGUGGGACCACAUCACGCACAGGCACCUGCACCUUCCCUCGCCGGCGCCCCUCGCACAGACGGUCAUAGCCAGGAUGCGCCUGAGCACGCCCUUCCUGGUAGUCGCGUGCAUUUUCCUGACGGUCGGCUGCCUGCUCGCCGUGGUGGUCCGGUGCUGCUACAGCCACGCCGCCCUGCUGGCAGCGCUGCUCUUCUCCCUCGCAGGCCUAAGCGUGGGCGCGGGCGUGGUGUGGUUCGUGUCUGUAGUCUCCGAGGAGUACGGCGCGGCCUAUGGGCGCCGCACCAGCUGGUCCACCCUCUACGCCUACCGCUACGGCUGGGCGCUGUUAGCGGCGGGCGCGGGCGGCGUGUGCGCGCUCCUGGCCGCUCUCCUCACGGGCCACGCCUAUCUGGCUAGACACGGUCCGCUCAUGGGCCUGGGCGGGCCCGGGGGCGGCUCGGGCAUACUCGGGCGCAGCGUCAGCGGCACCGAGGAGUCCCUGGCGCGGCCGCUGCUCCGCUGCCGCAGCGAAGGAUGCCUCGGGCAGCGCUCGUUCACAUCCGACACCAUCAGGACGUACCUCACGUGCGACUCACGCCGCCACCUCCCGAGAGCCUGCCCCGCGGGCAUUGCGUCCGGCGCCGCGCCCCUCACGCCGCACGCGGCUUCCGUCCUCCCGCACUCCACCUCCAUCGUGGACCUGACGCGGCCGCACAACAACUUCGAGCCGCCGCCACCGCCGCCGCCGCCGCCGCCCGCGGCGCGCCACACAUCCCCCGAGGACACGUCGCGCGACAGCAGCAUCCACCAGAGCGGCGCCGAUUCCCUGCGGCCGUCCCGCAGGUCCUCGCGCGCCACCAUCCUGGGCGACGACCUCCCGCAGGACAAGACCAAGCCGCAGGAGUGGGACACGUCGAGGGUGAUCAUCGAGACCCAGCGCCUCUCGUGCACCUCGUCCUCCGUCAUGGUGGUCCCCCCGCCUCCCCCUCUCAGCGACUAUAGCCGCACGCUGCCGUCGCUCGGCCGCCAGAUGGCGGUGUUUGGGCGACGCGGGGGCGGCGCGGGCGCUGGGGGCGGCCUCCCUCAUGGGCGCGACGCAGCCUCGCUCUCGCGCUCUUCCUCCAAGAUAUCCUCCGAGGUGUAA